GCCGCCUCUCCCACAAGGCAGCGCGCCGGGACGACGCGGCCGGCUCCGGAGCCCUUUGUGAGGGCGGCGGGCAUCGCCGGACGGCGGCACCAUGAGCGGCUCAAGCGGAGCGGCGGUAGCGUCCGUGAACUCGGCGCCGCCCGCACAGGAGGAGGGCAUGACAUGGUGGUACCGCUGGCUGUGUCGCCUGUCGGGGGUGUUAGGGGCUGUCUCUUGUGCCGUCUCCGGCCUCUUCAACUGCAUCACCGUCCACCCGCUGAACAUCGCGGCCGGUGUGUGGAUGAUCAUGAACGCUUUCAUCCUGCUGCUCUGCGAGGCGCCCUUCUGCUGCCAGUUCGUUGAGUUCGCAAACGCGGUGGCGGAGAAGGUGGACCGGCUGCGCUCCUGGCAGAAGGCCGUCUUCUACUGCGGGAUGGCUGUGGUUCCCGUCGUCAUCAGCCUCACCCUGACCACGCUGCUGGGCAACGCCAUCGCCUUCGCCACCGGAGUGCUCUACGGACUCUCUGCUCUGGGCAAAAAGGGCGACGCAAUCUCCUACGCCAGGAUCCAGCAGCAGAAGCAGCAGGCUGACGAGGAGAAGCUCACGGCCGCGCUGGAGGGGGAGCUGUGAUGUGGGUAGGGGCACGACCCUGAGGGACAGCCCGGAAGAGGAGCCUGUGCCUGGCUCGCAGUCCCCCUCACCUGUCCCCACCCCGGAGUCCUCUUCUGUCUGCUUCGCCCCCUGGGUGAGGGCUCUGGGGCGGUGGGGCCGGCAGCCGGGGCCUCGGGUGACCCAGAGCAGAGCCUGCGCGGCCCUGCGGACAGCUCACCUGACCCCGUCUUCCCAGCCGCCUGGAUGGGUGUCAGACGUACAUGCUGGCAGGACCACUGGAGUCCUGCUGAGCGCCAGGAAGGAGCUGCUUCUGGUCCUGUCUCGAGGUGAGAGGCCCGGCAGCCCAGGCCUGGGCAUCGGCCACAGGGGCCUCCACUCAGCUCUCAGGCCCGUGGGCAUCCUGGAAGCUGGGCCGCCUCUGUCCUCCUGUCCUCAGGCCCCCCCGCCCUGCUGCCCAGGGCCCCCGCCACUGUCCUCCGUGCGAGCCACGGUGCUCCCCACAGGCCCCUCAAGUGCCCACGACGGCAGCCUUGGCAGUGACGCAACUGCUGGUGGGGGCAUCCCCCCGCUUCCCUGGGGCCUUGGACCAGCGCAGAACCGGAGCACUUCCCGUGGGCCCACUGUCCCCAGCGUCUCCCCACCCCAGACCUGGUGCUGAGGAAGUGGGCAGGGCAGGGCUGCCCGCAGGGACCUGCCUGUCUUUCAGGAGCCGGGCAGAGCCUGGAGCUGCCCUGCCAUCCCUUCCUCCCGCCUCUGCCCACCAGCCACUCUGGCCAGACUGGACUUCAGAGGGGCCCGGGCAGCCCGGGGCAGAGGUGAGCCCACGUGGAGAUGCUUGGUCUGGGUCUUAGCCGCUGCUCCUCCCAGGCCCGCAGGCUGGGCCUGCUCACUUGGCUCCUGGAUGGACUUCGCAUCUCUGGCGUGUGUCAGUGUUGGGGCUGGGAAGGCAGGCGCUGGCCAGGGGACAGCAGCGUCCCCCAGCGGCUCUCCAGGGAGCCCGAGCAGGCUGAGCCCUGGGUGGUGGGGGCGGGGCACGUGCCUUCAGGGGUCCUCCGGGCCCACCUUCCUCAGGCCAGUGCUGUGAUGAAAGGGCUGUGGGCCACAGGCCUCUCCAGGCCAGCGGGGCGUGUGCGUGCGUGUGCGUCUUCUCCUGCGUGUGCUGUGAAUAAGACCUGUCUACCUCGCCGGAGGAGCGAGGGCCCUGCCCGCCCCUCUUGGCUCAUUCUUCCCCAGGAAGCGGCCCUCUGGGGUCGCUCCUGCCCCUGCCUUCGGGGCCUUGCUGGCAGGGCUCUCCUUGCUGCAGAAGGGCUGGCUGUGUUUCUGGGAAGCUGGGUGGGCAUUGGGCGGGCUCUCUACCCCCUUGGCCGCUGGCCUGGGUGGGCAGGUCGCUUGCGGAGGUUCCCGGAGCUGUGAUCCUGUCUCCCAGAGGGGGCGGGGGGCCACCAUGCGGGGUGGCGGAGGGUGGGGGGGUACGCCCACCUUUGGGUCCAGGCUCCGUCCUCUGUGGUCUGUGUUCACUCUCAGCAUCAGGUCGCAUUUUCAGCAAUAAAGCCUGGUGGUGGCUUGCA